AUGACCAAAUGGAAUAUCAAUCUCAACACUCUGUUCACCACUACCAAUGCCAAGUCUAUCGAUACCGCCCGCCUCAUCAAGGUCAUUCCCGUUACCAACGCCGGUUCCGCCGAGAUCUGCACUUUGAUCCACGAUAACUCCGGUGGGAAGAAGACGCUCUCGUUCCUGUUCCAGAAGCGUCGUUUCCUGUACUACACCGAACGCCGUUCCUUUGCGCCCCUUUCCUACGUCCUUGACGCCGAGCCCAAGCCCGCCCUCCAAUACUUCCAGCAGAGCAAGGGUCUGACCACCAAGGCCGAGAUCGACCGUGUGCACUACCACUAUGGCGAUAAUACCUUCGAUAUCCCCGUUCCUGGAUUUAUUGAACUUUUCCAGGAGCAUGCGGUUGCGCCGUUUUUCGUGUUCCAAGUGUUUUGUGUCGGAUUGUGGAUGUUGGAUGAAUACUGGUACUAUUCGCUGUUCACGCUGUUCAUGCUCGUUGCUUUUGAAAGCACUGUUGUGUGGCAACGCCAGCGGACCCUGAACGAGUUCCGUGGAAUGAGCAUCAAGCCAUACGAUGUGUGGGUGUACCGUGAGAGCAAGUGGCUGGAAAUCACUAGCGAUCAGCUUCUUCCCGGCGAUCUGAUGUCCGUGAACCGCACCAAGGAAGAUGGCGGCGUUGCUUGCGAUAUUCUCUUGAUUGAAGGUAGUGUCAUUGUCAACGAGGCUAUGCUUUCUGGUGAAAGUACCCCGCUUCUGAAGGACUCCGUUCAACUCCGACCUGGAGAGGACUUGAUUGAGCCCGAUGGAUUGGAUAAGAACUCGUUUGUGCACGGCGGAACCAAGGUUCUGCAGGUCACCCACCCUAACACCAACGGGGAGGAGACCCUCAAGAACAUUGCCAAUGGUGUUACUAUGCCUCCUGACAACGGUGCUCUGGGUGUCGUCGUCAAGACCGGUUUCGAGACUAGCCAGGGAAGCCUUGUCCGUACUAUGAUCUAUUCCACCGAGCGUGUAUCCGCCAACAACGUGGAGGCCUUGCUGUUCAUCCUGUUCCUGCUUAUCUUCGCGCUUGCGGCCUCUUGGUACGUCUGGCAAGAGGGUGUCCAAAAGGACCGCAAGAGAUCGAAGCUUCUUCUGGACUGUGUUCUCAUCGUCACAAGCGUCGUUCCUCCUGAACUUCCCAUGGAACUGAGUCUGGCUGUUAACACCAGUCUCGCUGCCCUGAGCAAGUUCGCCAUUUUCUGCACUGAGCCUUUUCGUAUUCCCUUCGCCGGACGUGUUGAUGUCGCUUGCUUCGAUAAGACCGGUACCCUUACUGGAGAGGACCUUGUUGUCGAUGGCAUUGCUGGACUUACCCUGGGCCAGGCUGGUGCUAAGGUCGAAGCUGAUGGUGCCCACACGGAUCUUUCGAAGCCCUCAACCGUCGGGGCUGACACGACCCUUGUGCUUGCUAGUGCCCACGCCCUUGUGAAACUGGACGAGGGCGAGGUUGUUGGUGACCCCAUGGAGAAGGCUACUCUCUCUUGGCUCGGCUGGACCUUGGGCAAGAACGAUACUCUCAUGUCUAAGGGAACCGCACCCGUUGUCGCAUCUCGCCCUGUUGAGUCUGUGCAGAUCAAGAGAAGAUUCCAAUUCUCUUCUGCACUUAAGCGCCAGAGCACCAUCGCUACCAUUACUACCAACGACAAGAAGACGUCGAAGAAGUCCAAGGCUACCUUCGUCGGUGUCAAGGGUGCCCCUGAAACUAUCCGAAAGAUGCUCGUCAACGCUCCUCCUCAUUAUGAGGAGACCUUCAAGCACUUCACUCGCAACGGUGCCCGUGUUCUGGCUCUUGCCUACAAGUACCUCUCUACCGAGUCCGAGCUCUCUCAGAACCGCGUGAACAACUUCGCUCGCGAGGAUAUUGAAUCUGAAUUGAUCUUCGCUGGUUUCCUCGUUCUGCAGUGCCCCUUAAAGGAUGAUGCCAUCAAGGCCGUCCGCAUGCUGAACGAAAGCAGCCACCGUGUUGUUAUGAUCACUGGUGACAACCCGUUGACCGCCUGCCACGUCGCUCGCCAGGUUGAAAUUGUGGACCGCGAGGUCGUCAUUCUUGACGCUCCGGAAAAUGAUACCUCUGGAACCCGUCUUGUCUGGCGCACCAUUGACGACAAGCUGAACACCGAUGUCGACCCCACGCAACCCCUGGACCCAGAGAUUAUCAAGACCAAGGAUAUCUGUAUCACCGGUUAUGCGUUGGCCAAGUUCAAGGGCCAGAAGGCUCUCCCCGACCUUCUGCGUCACACCUGGGUUUAUGCUCGUGUGUCCCCCAAGCAGAAAGAAGACAUUCUCCUCGGUCUCAAGGAUGCUGGUUACACCACUCUGAUGUGCGGUGAUGGUACCAACGACGUUGGUGCUCUCAAGCAGGCUCACGUCGGUGUUGCUCUUCUCAACGGCUCUCAAGAGGAUCUUACUAAGAUUGCUGAGCACUACCGCACAACCAAGAUGAAGGAGCUGUAUGAGAAGCAGGUUUCCAUGAUGCAACGCUUCAACCAGCCUUCUCCCCCCGUUCCUGUCCAAAUUGCACACCUGUACCCCGCUGGCCCUAGCAACCCGCACUACCAGAAAGCCAUCGAAAGAGAGGCACAGAAGAAGGGUGCUGUCGUUGCUGCCGCUGCUGCCAACAAGCCGGCCGAGGACAUCCCGACUAUCACCUCGCCUGGUGCACAGGCCCUGCAGCAGAACAUGACUCCUCAACAGCAGAGACAGCAGCAGGCUCAGCAGGCUGCUGCCGGCCUUGCUGAUAAGCUGACCUCGUCGAUGUUGGAGCAGGAGUUGGAUGACAGCGAACCCCCUACCAUCAAGCUGGGAGAUGCUUCAGUCGCCGCGCCGUUUACGAGUAAACUGGCUAACGUGGUUGCUAUUCCGAACAUUCUCCGCCAGGGCCGUUGCACCCUGGUUGCUACCAUCCAGAUGUACAAGAUCCUUGCCCUGAACUGCUUGAUUAGCGCCUACAGUUUGAGUGUUAUCUACCUGGAUGGUAUCAAGUUUGGUGACGGCCAGGUUACCAUCAGCGGUAUGCUGAUGAGUGUCUGCUUCCUGUCUAUCUCUCGCGCUAAGUCCGUCGAGGGACUUUCCAAGGAGCGCCCGCAGCCCAACAUCUUCAAUGUCUACAUCAUUGGAUCCGUCCUGGGACAGUUUGCCAUCCACAUUGUCACCCUGAUCUACCUCUCGAACUACGUCUAUAAGAUUGAACCGAGAGAUGACAACGUCGAUCUUGAGGGUGAAUUCGAGCCUUCCCUGCUCAACAGUGCGAUCUACCUGCUCCAGCUGAUCCAGCAAAUCUCCACAUUCUCAAUCAACUACCAAGGUCGUCCGUUCCGUGAGUCCAUUCGCGAGAACAAGGCCAUGUACUGGGGUCUUGUUGCCGCUUCCGGCGUUGCCUUCUCCUGCGCGACCGAGUUCGUGCCCGAGCUCAACGAGAAGCUGCGCCUGGUUCCCUUUAGCAACGAGUUCAAGAUCACUCUGACCGUGCUGAUGAUCUUUGACUAUGGUGGCUGCUGGCUGAUCGAGAACGUUCUUAAGCAGCUGUUCAGCGACUUCCGCCCCAAGGAUAUCGCCAUUCGCCGUCCUGAUCAGCUGCAACGUGAGGCCGAGCGAAAGGCGAGAGAGGAGGCCGAGGCUGAGCAGCAGCGAGAGCAGCAGAGGAAGAUCUAG